AUGAAAGUACUUCUUAUCGAAUCCAUAGAACAUCUAGGUUUACCUGGAGAUAUCGUUGAUGUUAAACCAGGUUAUGCUCGUAAUUAUUUAUUACCGCACCGAAAGGCAUUAAAAGCUACAGAGCAUAAUGUUGUAGAACUUGAGCAUAAGCGACGCAUUGCAAAUAAUCGAAGAAAGCAACUACUUAAUGAUCUUCGUGUUCGUUGUGAGACUCUAACCUCAGUUACCGUUUCGUUUGUAGAGCGUGUUACUGAUCAAGGUAAACUGUAUGGUUCUGUUACAUCUCGUCGUAUUGCUGAUCAAUUAAGUAAUCAAUAUGGAGAUGUUCCUGUUUCCUGGGUUAAGCUUGAAGAGACCAUUAAGACGCCUGGUAGUUAUGUUGUUGAACUUCAUUUAGCUCCAGAAUUGAUAACAUCUAUUACAGUUGAGGUCAUUGCAGAAGACGAGCCGACAUUAGCUCCAACUGAAAUAUCUGACUCUUCAGCUGAUUUAGAUGAACAACCUACAGAUUCAGUUGAUACAUUGAAUUCUGCUGAAUCUGAAAUAGCAUCACUUGAAUCGGAAGCUGAAUAA